CGUUCCGUCAGCAGCGCCUGGCGGCCGCGCAUGCGCACAGAGCGGCGGGCGCUGUCAGCCGGGCCCGGCGGAGCCGCGCUCCCUCCCGACCCGGCCAUGUCGUACGGGCCGCUGGACCCGCACCGCCCCGGGGCGCCGCCGCCGAGGGACUUCGGCGGCAUCAUCCAGACAUGCAGCGCCAACGUGCAGCGCAUCGCGCAGUACACUACUCAAAUAAAGAAUUUGAUGAGCCAGCUGGGAACCAAGCAGGAUUCCAGCAAGCUCCAGGAGAACCUACAACAGCUACAGCAUUCUGCAAACCGCCUUGCCAAAGAGACAAAUGAAUAUCUAAAGGAGCUGGGGUCUCUGCCGCUUCCUCUGUCUGCAUCUGAGCAGCGCCAACAGAGGCUUCAGAAAGAACGUUUAAUGAAUGACUUCUCUGCGGCCUUAAAUAACUUCCAGGCAGUACAGAGGCGAGUGUCAGAGAAGGAAAAAGAGACUGUAGCCAGGGCGAGAGCUGGCUCCCGGAUCUCUGCUGAUGAUCGGUUCAGAGAAGAACAGCUUGUUUCAUUUGAUAGUGGUGAAGAUUGGAAUCAAAUGCAGUCUCAGGAAGAUGAUGUGGCAAUAACUGAACAGGACCUUGAACUCAUUAAAGAAAGAGAAACAGCAAUCAGGCAAUUAGAGGCAGACAUUCUGGAUGUCAAUCAGAUAUUUAAGGAUUUAGCCAUGAUGAUUCAUGACCAAGGAGACAUGAUUGAUAGCAUAGAGGCAAAUGUGGAAAGUGCGGAAGUCCACGUGGAAAGAGCCAGCGAGCAGCUACAGAGAGCUGCCUAUUAUCAGAAAAAGUCCCGUAAGAAGAUGUGUAUCCUGAUUCUUGGCCUUGCUGUGGCUUCUCUAAUCAUAGGACUCAUUAUCUGGCAGGCGACGAAACCUCCCCAUGGAACUUAGUCUCAUGGCUGAGAUUUUUUCCCCUCAGAGUGAACAGGCUGACUAGUCUCAAAUGAAUUGACCACCCUGAGAGAGCGCAAGCUGGAACUACUUCUAGUGAUAGAUAUUAGCAACUAAUGUGCAGAUAACUAGUAUUUGGAAUUAGUGAACCAUGGAGACAGUAUUUAUCAGUUUAUUUACAAAUUAUAUUGUUUUAUGUAACUAAAAUCUUGUGGGUUUGCUUUCUGUAAUGUAUUAUUCCCUGUCCCAACUGUAUGCUGAAGUGUGAUGCAUAAUUGGAGAUGCCUUGUUUAUGACAAAUGGCACAACUUAACUUGUUGUAUUUAUCGGUAACUUUGCUGGACUGGAAUAAGAGUGGCAUUCAAAGAGGGCACAGCACCGAUUCACAUUGCCUGAAUCCAGCAGUUUCUAAAGUCUCCAGUAUCUGCCCCAUGGUUUUAUUACCUCCAAGUGGCUGUGGUUCUCGAUUCGCUUGGGCAGAAAGGUGAUGUUACAGAAUUGGAAAGCACGGGUGAUGGUUGGAACCACUAUGUGCUGGUCAGUUCAGCCUUGAGACGUGUAACCGUGUUUAAUUUUUGAGUGUGGUGGGGUCGUUUGUUUUCCAAAAUGCACCAUUUGAGACAGGAUGUUCUUUGAUUUAUAAUUGAAGAAUGCAGCUUCCUUAGAGAAACUAGCUGGUGGUUUAUUAUUGGACAAAUAAAUUUCUUCCAACGCUGGCUCUCAAGCCCUAGAAAUACAGAGUUUAGCUGCUCUCUCCUAGUUGUUUCUAGAAGCUUCCAGGGAGAAAAUCAUGCCGAGAUGAGGAAGUGGGCACCUAAGUUUACAAGCUAGCAAGAUAGGUGAGUACUAGCUGAAAUCUUGCUUCUGAAGAAGUACUUUUGAAGCUCAACUGUAGUGUGUACUAGUAAAUAUUACGUGUGGCUUGUGAACAUCUGGUAUUGUCCGUUUUUUGUGAAACAGAAAGUGCAGGAGCUGGCUGAGCCAAGUGCCAGGUUCUCCAGGCUGAGGAUGUGUGUGCGAAUUCACGAUGGGUGGUUGGAACGGUCUCGCUGGUAGAGCUGGACAGGACGUAGCAGCCACUCCUUCCAUGUAGCUCUGAACUGACGUGCACUGAGGGAACAGCAGCCUGUCCAAAGCCCAAUGGAGCGCGGUAAAUGCAGCAGACUGACCCAUUUUGUAUUUAAUCCUUAUUCCAUGUCUCCUGUAUCAUAAAGUAAAUGUGAAAGCUGGGAAGGGAGCGUGUUCUCCCGGUUGCACAGUGGUUUGCACUAUUGCGCCAUCAUUCCAUCUAAUAACCAUCAAUAAACACUUUUAAAAGCCUA